AAUGUUGCCACUGCUGACUGCGCUGCCGGUUCGUCAACACUGACAACUGAGGGUUGUUCCGGCUGCGGGGAAUACGAUUUAUGCCUGGGGUUCAGCUCCGCGGACGAGUGCACAAGCUCCGACUGUGUGACCAAUGGAGGUUGCACCUACCAGUGCAUGAGCGUUGACGCCAACCUCUCGACUUUAGUCGUGCUGAUCGAGUUCGGCGGGUACAAGAGCUCGAAGGAAGUGGCGAUGGGAGGCUACACGACGGCAGACUUGGCCGGGUACCCGGACUUCACGGACAAGUGGCCGUCAGCCAGCAACGACGACGUCACUGCGGUCAGCACCAUCGACGUGUCCUCCGCAGUCACUACAUUUAUCAUGUCGGGCGGAAGUGCGGAUGUCAACUACCCGCAAGGCAAAGUGGCGAGUGUCACGUUGACCGCGGACUUCAUUUCGGCGGCGACAGCUGUGACCAAAGUAAUGCUCGGGAACAUCGACCUGGACGAUGAGAUUGCAUCGCUGUCGUCGUUAUUGCCGUCUACGGUCGAGUAUGUUGAGCUCAGCAAUACGUUGCUCUCGGAUUUCCCAGCUGAGCUGAGCGGCCUGACGUCUCUUCAGCAGCUGAUUCUGGACUACAACUACAUUACGUCUGUAGACGCGCUGGAUGUGAUUGACUCCAUUACGACGCUGAGCCUCGAGAGCAACAGCAUCGAGAGUUUUAAUGGAGUAUUUACCAACCUGGAGUACCUAUACUUGGGAGACAACAACCUGACAAGUAUCCCCACAGCAAUAUUUAGCCACUCGCACCUGAGUUUAUUAAAUCUGACGGGCAAUUCCUUCGAGUCGCGAUCCCUGACGCGAGACCAAGCCGAUUUCCUGAGCAGCUUGGAGAUCUUGGUGCUCUCGGACUCUGACUUCGCAGUGGAUCUGGAUUGCGACGACAUGAAUCAGGUCAAAGUACACAAUAUGACGGUGUGCCUCAGCGAUGGAGCUUCUACAUCGAAUAACCGAGCUAGUGCUUCGAGUUCUGCUGGCGUGGAUGGAUCCGACACUCAAUCUACCUCUUCAGCGGGUUCUUCUGUAUCGACGAGCAUGAUCGUAGGGAUCAUAUGUGGGAUUUUAGCGCUGAUCGUCUCUGCCAUCAUCUUCGUGGUCUACCGGAGGAAGAGAAAGAGUACUUUCAUCGACUCCAAGCUGAGCAGCACCGCAGACGACCAUUUUCCGUCUACAACCAGCGAUUGUGAGCGGAUACAGCAGUCAUUUGGCCAACUGAGGACGUCUACUGGAGUUCCUCUGGGGAUCCCAAUGAGCGCUAGUGGAGUGGCCAUGGGUAUUCCAACAGCAUCAGCCGAGGAGGAUGCCAGUACAGGCGUCCCGACAACAGUCGAAGCUGCUACGACCUACCCAAUGUCUUCGGCGGAUGCCGUACCGAGGAAGAAACCAAGCACGUUUCUGUCUGUAUGGAGCGACCCUGAGCUCCUGUCUGUCCAGGUCCGUGUGGAGGACAUUGAGGACCUGGAACAGCUCGGCAGCGGAGCCUUCGCCACGGUUUGGCUGGUUCGAUACAGGAACUCGCAGUUGUUGGCGUCUAAACGACUCCGUCCGGAGCGUCGGACCAAGAAGCACACCUCAAACUUCGUUGAGGAGAUCAAGCUCAUUGCCAACUUUGAGCAUCCGAAUCUCGUCAAGUUCAUCGGAGCAGCGUGGACAAUCGAGAGCGACCUCCAGGCCCUCCUCGAGUACAUGGACGGCGGUGACCUCCGUCACUAUCUCGCGGACGCCAGCACUCCCUUCGGCUGGUCACUCAGGAAGUUUGACGUCGCUAUUGGCAUCAUCGAGGCGCUCGUGUACCUGCACUCGUUCGUUCCUCCACUUGUCCACCGCGACCUCAAGUCCAAGAACGUGCUGCUGUCAUCGGAUUUCAAGGCAAAGUUGAGCGACUUCGGCACGUCUCGCUUCCGAUCCGUGGAGAACACGAUGACUGCGGGCGUGGGCACUGGUCGCUGGCUAGCGCCCGAGGUGAUCCGAGGCGACACGGACUACGGCUGCUCUGCUGACAUCUACAGCUUCGGAGCUCUUCUCACGGAGCUGGACACGAACCAGAUCCCGUACAGCAAUACGCGCGGCUCGAACGGCAAGAUCCUCUCGGACAUGACGAUCCUGCACCGCGUAGCAACCGGCAAGCUACACCCGAAAGUUCGAUCCACGUGUAAUGCAUCCAUGAAGGCGCUGGUAGAGCGCUGUCUGGUCGAAGACCCGACCAAGCGACCUGCCGCCACCGUCAUCGCGUACGAACUGCGCGUACUGCAGAAGGAGAUGGCUGCUUCUCUA